UUCACCGCAUCAUUCAAACCACACGCAACUAUUUCUGACUACGUUUUGCUCUACGCCUCUCCCUCUCUCUCAAAAAUCGUUCUCUUCGAUUUUAGGGUUUUGUUUUGCUGCUGCCUCCGUUCCCCCCUUCUCAUAAACAACGCGUUUUCUCUUCUGCUUCGUAUCUAUUCUUUGCUUUUGGUUUUGGUUGAUUCAAGGCCUUCACAGCAUUCGUUGCGGCAUUUUAAUCGAUUUAUCCAAGCAGGACUGAAUGAACUAAUGGAGUCUAAAGGUGGGAAAAAGAAGUCUAGUAGUAGUAGUAGUAAAUCAUUGUUCUACGAAGCUCCCCUCGGAUACAGCAUUGAAGACGUUAGACCAAACGGUGGAAUCAAGAAAUUCAGAUCUGCUGCUUACUCCAACUGCGCUCGCAAACCUUCCUGAUAUCCAUCCAGAUUGAUAGUUCAUUGCAUGCAACCAUAGUUUUAUUAGGUUUUUUCUUCUUUGUUUUCAAUUAGGUUUUUGCUGCUCUCCUUCAAACUCCGUCUUUCCGAAUCCUCUCUUUGUGAUUGUGUUCUGUUCUGCUUCCUACCGCGAUAGUUUCUCUUCUGAAGCAUGGCCAUGGCGGUUUCUGCAAUUGGUUUUGAAGGUUUCGAGAAGAGGCUGGAAAUAUCCUUUUUCCAGCCGGGACUUUUUGCUGACCCUGAGGGAAUGGGUUUAAGAGCUCUUGCAAAGUCCCAGUUGGAUGAGAUACUUACACCGGCUGCUUGCACCAUUGUUUCAUCUCUCAGAAAUGAUCAUGUCGACUCCUAUGUUCUGUCUGAGUCCAGUCUCUUUGUUUAUGCCUACAAGAUCAUCAUCAAAACCUGUGGUACUACAAAGCUACUGCUUGCAAUCCCACCCAUAUUGAAAUUUGCUGAAAUGCUUUCCCUCAAUGUUAGAUCUGUGAAUUACACCAGGGGAAGUUUCAUCUUUCCCGGUGCUCAGCCCUAUCCCCAUCGCAACUUUUCUGAGGAAGUUGCUAUUCUUGAUGGCUACUUUGGCAAGCUUAGUGCAGGAAGCAAUGCUUAUAUUUUGGGUGGCCAAGACAAAUCACAGAACUGGCAUGUCUACUCUGCUUCUGCAGAUUCUGUAACUCCAUGCGACAAUGUUUACACUCUAGAGAUGUGCAUGACUGGCCUGGAUAGAGAGAAAGCACAGGUUUUCUACAAAGAACAAUCUGCUUCAGCUGCCAUUAUGACUGUUAAUUCUGGCAUUAGAAAAAUUCUUCCAGAUUCUGAGAUUUGUGACUUUGACUUUGAGCCAUGUGGUUAUUCAAUGAACUCUGUUGAAGGUGCUGCUGUUUCUACCAUUCAUGUUACCCCAGAAGAUGGUUUCAGUUAUGCAAGCUUUGAGACUGUUGGGUAUGACUUCAAAGUGGUGAAUCUGAACGAAAUGGUUAAGAGGGUAUUGGCAUGUUUUCUCCCAACUGAGUUCUCUGUUGCAGUUCAUGUGGAUGGUGCAAGCAAGUUGUUUGAUCAGACGUGUUUUCUGGAUGUUAAGGGAUACUGUCGCGAAGAGAGGAGCCACGAAGGGCUUGGAAUGGGUGGUUCUCUUGUCUACCAAAAAUUUGCCAAGACUUGUGACUGUGGUUCACCUAGAUCAACUCUGAAGUGCUGGAAAGAGGAAGAUGAAGAAGAGUAGUUUUCUUAAGUGUCUUUAUUAUGUCCUUGCGAAAAUAAGUCCGGUUUUCCAGACAGUGAUUGUUUUUCUUUGGUGUUUUUUCCCUUUUAUGUUAGACCAUUGUUAGGGCGUUUGGACCUUUUAUUGUUCUACUAUUACCAUUUGAACAUCGAAUGGAUUUUAAUAAAUCACUUUGUAUGCGUGCAAAAUUUGUGUGAUGUUGUCUAUGUUAAAACUAAUCUUGCGCUG